AUGAAUUUGGAUAUUAAUACUACGAUAUCAUCUAUUACUACUUCUAAUACAAAUAAUGUAACAGAAUUUAUGCAACAUUCUACAUCUGAGAUUGUUGAAAUGAUUUAUCAAGUCAUUAUAUUUUUUAUCGGAACACCGCUUAAUAUUUAUGUUUUUAUACAUUCUAAUAAAAAACAAAAAAAUAAUACUGCUGCAUCAAGAUUGAAUAAAUUUUCAAAACAACUUAUUAUUAUACAUUUAAUGGUUCUUUUAAUAUGUUUAUGGAGAACAUAUUGGAUUUACAAUAUUGCCUGGAAUAUGGGUAAUACUUUAUGCAAAAUUCAUUCAUUUGCUUAUGCACUACCAUUUCAUUUAUGGUCAAAUAUGGUUGCUGCUAUUGCUAUUGAUAUGUUAUAUUGUAUCCGUUCACCUUUAUCAUCAUAUAGAAAUGGUGAAAAACGUGUAAAUUAUUUAAUUGUAGUAGCAUGGAUAUCAGCUAUCAUUUGUGCAUUACCAAUGUUUAUUUUUCGAGAUAUAGUUCUUGUUUUUGAUGAUUAUAAUCUUUAUCAAUGUUCAACACCAAAAAGUUUGGACUAUAUUAAAAAGGCAUGGAAUGCUUUUCAUGUUAUAACUGUUUUUUAUAUCCCUCUUGCUAUUAUUAUAAUAUGCUACAGUUUAAUUGGUUUUUCUCUUAGACAACAAAUGGCAAAACGUAAAUCAUUACAAGAUGAAUCACAACCUUUUAAUAAUAAUAAAACUCAUAUUAAAUUUCUUAAGGCAACAGUUAUUUUAAUAACUUCAUUUGUAUUAGCAUGGCUACCAUACCAAGUUAUGGCAUUAUUAAGAGUUUUAUGUAAAGAAAAUAGUAACUGUAGUGUUAUAUAUAAUAAAUUUAAUUGGUUAGAAGCCAUAAUGCUUGCAAGUACAUGCAUUAAUCCAUUUUUAUAUAAAUUUGGGAGAUUUAAGUCAAACAGAAAAACAUCAACAUUACUUGGUAGUUUAAAUGAAAUUUGUCCAUCAAGCGUAAAUCAUAAUUCAGUUAAAGGAUCUACUGUUUACAUUAAAUAUAAUACAGUACAAAAUUUAGGCAUCAAAAAUAUAUCUCGAUGUAAACAUAUAAUGUCAACAUCUAACCCUUCCAAAGCAAUUAGAAUAAAUAAAGAUAAAAAAAACUCUAGUGAUAUCUCUAAUGACAAGUAUAUUUCUUCCUCUCCAAUAAUAUGGAAUAACAAAAGUGUGAAAAAUUGUCAAGCUGUAAAAAAGAAUUAUAUUACUAACCACAACAUUGUACUUUGCAAUUCAUUAACAAAGCCAUCUAUGACAUAA